AUGGAGCAGAAGUGGGACGAUAGCGGCGCUGGAACGCUGCAUGGGAUCACCAGCAGAGAUUUCCCGAACUUCUUGUUUCCGGGACCGCAGCAGGCUGCUGCCAGUGCGAACCAAGCUUUCCUGCUCGACUUGUUGGCGGAGCACGUGGCUUAUAUUCUGUCUCAGGCGACGCAGAAGGCUAAGGCUGCUGGCCUGGAGAAGGUUGUGGUCGAGCCGAGCGCAGCUGCGGAGCAGGAAUGGUCCAUGCGGAUCAUGGCUGGAGCGGUAGCUUUGGCGAGCCUGGCAGGGUGCACACCGAGCUACUACAACCGUGAGGGAGAGUUUGCGAGGAUCUCUACCCAGGAAGAACAGAUGAAGGCGGCGAAGGGCGGCAUCUGGAGUCGGGGACCUGUGAACUAUGCGGAGGUUAUAGAAGGGUGGCGGAGGAGUGGAGACUUGAAGGGACUGGAGAUUACAGUGGGCGAUAGUAAUUGA